AUUGUGUAAGAAGUAGAAGAGAGAAGGAAGCGAAGCGCUCGGAGGCGUCAGCUCAUCUCCGGCCAUCAUCAGAAUGGAGCGGUUCUGGGGGUUCCUCGCCCUUUUCCUGGCGGGAUUUCCUUAUCAUAUCUGGUGCCAGUCACAUGAUUGCUAUGCCACCAAAGGGCAGGAUGGUGUGAUGGGUCAACCAGGGAGGGAUGGACGGCCUGGACAGAAGGGAGAUCGUGGUGACCCAGGGGCCCCCGGCCAUUUUGUGGGACCUACGGCAAGUAAAGGCGAUGCAGGAGAUCCUGGGAGCCCUGGUCAGCCUGGUAAUGUGGGCUACAUAGGACCAGAGGGCCCCCCAGGACCUCCAGGAGAUCAAGGCCCAAAAGGGAUAAAAGGAGUAAUGUCAGAUUCCGGGGCCCAGCACAGAGCGGCCUUCUCCGCCAUCCAGCCCAAGCUUCAAGAAAACCGCCUGCUAUUUAGCGAAAUCAUCACCAAUGAGGAAAAUGUCUAUAACAAGGACAGCGGGGAGUUCACCUGCACCGAGGCCGGGUACUACUACUUCACAUUCCAAGUGGUCUCUAUGGGGGACCUCUGUCUUCAGAUCUGGAUUAAGAAAGGUCGGGAGGCGGCAGGAAGGAAACUGCUGAGCUUCUGUGACCGCAACGCACGCGGUCAGCAUCAGGUCAACUCGGGGGGCUCCGUCCUCAAUCUGAACACUGGGGACCAAGUGUGGAUAGAAACCGAUGCCAGAAACCGAAGAAUCGCCGGCAAGGACGUCAGCAGCAUCUUCAGCGGCUUCCUGCUUUACCCACAUAGUGAAUGAGGGCGAUGUGGCCGACACUGGACCCCCCCAUAUACUAGGCCAUAAAAUGAGCCUCCAACUGUACAGAAACACACACCACUGUGUGACCAUUCCAAGGCCGGGCCCCUGAGGGCCACUCAGAGCCAGCUUAUUGAUCUGUAUGUCUGGUGGCUGCCCAUAUUCUCUCUUCUUCUCUCAAUAAACUGCUUGA